GUUAAUAUACUACGUAUUUUGCUGUCAAGUCUUGUUGUUUAUGGAAUAAAUUGAAAACGGCGUGUUCAGUACUGAAAUAUGCAUUAUGGGUAGACUGAAGUUCAAUCUCAUGUAGUUUGGUUUUUCUAUUUGCGUAAAUUUUGUGUUUUUUUUACGUAAGUAGAAGGGAAUGUUUCUUUUUUUUUGAUUAAAUAUAAUUACUCUACAUGAACUGCCGUGGUUGUGUAAUCGAAUGAAGGCGUCAGUAGGGUCAGUAGAUUGUUACAACCAGAUGACAGCGAAGUGUUCUCGUGGUGUUUUUUCAAGAUGCGAAUAGCCUGGAAUAAUGCGGAAAAGCAGCAAAAAAAUAAUAGAAAUGGAGGUGUUGCCCUCACACAAAUAAAACUUUUGCUAUUGUUCACUUCGCAUAUUUCGGCCCGUGUAGACAUGAGGUGAUUUAGUGACGGAUUACAUAAACUGCAAUGCUAGUGUGCAAUUGCUUAAACUUGGGCUUGUUGGAUCCAACUUAAUUCUAUACGUACAUUAAACUUCAACUUAAAAUUAAAACAUUCGUGUUGCAUUUGUAACAAAUUGAAAAAUUACAGAUUAAACCAAGCACUGCGUGAGGAAAUCCCAUUGAACUUGUUCUUGGUGCUUUGGAGUGUAUGUGAUGGUUGUCAGCUCAUCCGGUUAUUUUUGUGUUGCUGGAUAUUUGUAUUUGUCUUUUAUGGAGCUGCUGAAGAUUACUGAGACAACAGGAACGUGGCAUUCAUAGAGCAAAUGAUGCACUGACAUUAAUCAUCCAGUAUGGUGUUGAAAGAUCUGAAACUUAUCUUUGAUAAUUCUCAUUGCACUUUCUUCAGUGGACAGACUGUCUCUGGAAGACUGGUGGUAGAACUUGAUGCACCAGAAUACUUAAGCAGUAUCUUGGUUAAAUUCAGAGGAGAAGCAAACUGUUCCUGGAGUGAAACAAACACCAUACGGCGGAAUGGAAAUGAUGAAACUCAGACGACAACUUACACAGACAAUGAUUUGUAUUUUGAGAAGCAUAUGACAUUGUUUGGUGGAAGUGGUAGCACAGAAAUGCUUCCAGCUGGAAGUCAUUUUUUCCAGUUCUGCAUGGUGGUACCCAACCAUCUGCCUUCAUCAUUUGAAGGAAAAUAUGGUCACAUACGCUACACAGUAAAAGGCAUACUAGAUCGUCCCUGGACAUUCAGCCAUGAAGUUAUGGCAUCUUUCAUUGUUAUGUCUACUUUGGAUCUUAACUUAGAUCCUGUAAACAAGGUUCCAGUGCAGCUCGAGACAACUAAACACUUUUGCUGCUUUUGCUGCAAGUCAGGACCACUGACAUUUGUAAUGCACCUUCCAGCAAAAGGUUACAUUCCUGGACAAGACAUUCCUAUUACAGUAGAAAUUGAAAAUGGAAGUAAUGUUAAAGUUUGCAAUGUGGCCUGUGAACUUUGGAAGACUGUUUCUUACUACUGUGCCUCACCUAGAGGUUCUAAGGAAGAGAGCAUGGUUGUUGCUGAGCUUGCAUUAGAUGGACCAGUUGCUGAAAAUGAAUGUAAAACAUGGACAGUAAAUAUGAGGAUUCCUCCAGCCCCACCAUCAAUGCUUAACUCUUGCAGUAUCAUUGACUUAACCUACAGAUUGAUGGUGAAAGCUGUACCAAAAGGAUUACAUCGUGAGUUGAUACAUUGCACAUCUAUUAUUAUUGGAACAGUUCCACUGCGACAAAGUUCCUGUCCACAACAGGCCUUACCUACACCAACUGCACCGGCUUCUGAGCCAGUUGCAGCUCAUAUGCCUCUGCCAACGUAUGAAGAAUGCAUGCAUUCAGCAGCAAGUGCUGGUUCCUCUGAUAACAGUAAGCACAUGCCUGGAACAAUGGGGUACAAUCCUCGGUACCCAUAUUAUCCUUUGCAAGGCACUGAGCCAGACAAUCCAGCUACUGCAUGUUCAUCAUUCAAGUAGACUCAUAAGCAGUUGUCCACAUGGAAACAGUGCUCAGUUGUAACAAACUGUGAAUGAUGUCAGUUUACAAAUUUUCACCAAUGUUAGAGUUUAUUGUCCCUUACCAAUACUACAGUAAUCAGCAUUUAUUUCUCUCUAUGUUUAAAUAUUCCAGACCUCAGUAAGUUUUGAUGAGUGACUGUCAUCUUCCUUGUAUUUCAUCUCUUUCUUUCUUUUUAUAAAACUUCAGUGUAUUGUAAGGUUGCCAGAUUUUGUAAAAUAAAAAAAAAGGAGUGAUGUCUCGUU